AUGUCGUUGGUAGAGGUGUUUGCGAACACGCUAAGUGCGGAUCAGGGGGUCAGACAGGUUGCUGAGCAGCAGCUGGCUGAGGCUGGGAAGGACCCCGGUCUGGUUUUUGCGUUACUGGAUGUUAUUGGCUCGACGGGUGAUUUGUCCGUGUGUAUGAGUGCUUCUUUGUAUCUCAAGAACUACAUUUUCGAGUGUUGGAACAGACGGAGCAAUAAUAUCGAGGCCGGUACUGGCGGCAGUGGUAGCCGUAAUAGCCAGGACAGCUCGUUUUCCGAUCAUGCAAAUGCGGGUGGUACUAGUAUUGAGAAGCAUGGCGGAGUUGCUAGUGGUCCUGUGGUGCUCAGUGUGGAUCAGAGAAACUUGUUCAGAGAAAAACUGCUGAAUACUCUAGUAGUUGUCCCUCAUCACGCAGCAUUGACUCCUUUAGUAGCUGCUUUACAGUUUAUUAUCACAUCAGAACCGUUUCCACAGGCCUGGCCUGGCCUGCUGCCGUUUGUAUCACAGCUGCUAGACAGUUCGAGCCCGAAAGAAGUGUACAUAGCGGUUUUGUGUCUGGUGGAGGUGCUACGGUCGUAUCGCUGGCACGACAAGGCAAGUGAAAACAGAGAUCAGAUCAUAGAAGCAUUUCUUCCAAAGCUUGUAGAAUUGGGAAUGUCACUGAUCCAGGGAAUUCCUGAGAACCAGGCUAAUCUGGAAACCACUGGUGAGAUUAUCUGGCGAAUUCUAAAGGUGUAUAAACAGGCCACGGCGUCUAAUUUAUCGCCAUUGCUCCAGAAUCGCAAUCAGUUGGAGAGGUGGCUUAACUUGUUCAUAUCUGUAAUUACUGUUGUUGGUGAUGAGGAUACUAGUGGCAGCGGAGAGAGCGCUGCUGGAGCUAGCAGCGUGAGUUCAAGUGGUUCGCCAACUGUUGGGGGUGGCAGUGGACCAAACAGUGCAUCACACUCACGAUCUUCUUCAUCAGUAAGCAUAGGACAGGGACUUUUGGAGCUAGCAGCAUGGAGAAAGUGUUAUAAAUGGUCAUUUACGCUUGUCAACUUAUUGUUUGUGAGAUAUUCAGUAAUCCCUGAGCUGACUAAACGAAGCCCUAACCAGGACCUUGUUCAGGAGCACGCCAUAUAUCACGAAUUCUCCCAGUUAUUCAUCACAUCGUUUGCACCUGAAGUGUGCAAAAUGUACAUAGAUCGAGUUCGCGGACUUCCACGAACCGUUUCGUUGAAACAGACAGCAUCACCAGAAGUUGCUCUGGCUAGAUCUAGGGCUCAAAGACUGAUUAUUCUGUUCUUUGUAAACUGUCUUCAAAUCGAGUCAUUAUGGACAAUAGUUCUGAGCGAACUUGAUAUGAUUCUAAACAAGAUUAUAUUUUCAAAUUUGCGCAUGAAAGAGAGGGAUUUGUAUUCAUACCAGUACGAACCAGACCAGUUUUUCUAUGAACAAGAAGACCAGCAAGAGUUUCUGUUUAGCACCAAGGUGACAGCAGGAACUUUUGUGCAGGCACUGGUGGCUCGACGAGCCUCUGUAGCACUACCAGGAGUGCUAAUGACUGUAAAUAAUAUUCUCGAGAUUCAACUCAAUAACCUGACUGAUUUGGAGUGCUGUUUAGAUGUUGAUGCUGCGUUACAGAUAAUGAUAUCUAUUGCCGAGGCACCUCCAACAGCACGAAGUCCAAUCAUUCUUAAUCAGAUGGGUAAGUUCAUUAACAACUACAUUUUACCAAUAUUCCACAAAUCGAACCAACUGUUUCUGUAUUCACGGUCGUUCCAACUUAUAGUUACUUAUGCUUCAAUAAUCGGUUUUGGUGAGGAUGUGUUGAAACCAAUUUGUGAGAAUAUCCUCAAGUGUUUAGAUUCAACCGACGAUGUUCUGACGAAAAUCAACGCUGCUAUUGCACUCGAGGCUCUUUUGAAAUAUGACUUUGUUGUCCAGACACAAUCACCCACUAUUCAGCAUACAAUGGAGAAGAUUCUUGAAUUGUAUGAUACCGACGUUGUGUCGGAAAAGCUUGCCAAUGUCAUGGAAGUGCUUGUAUCGACGUUUUCAAGAGAGUUGAUUCCAUUUGCAGUCAAGUUAUGCCGACACUUGUCGAGUCAGUUGCUCCGUAUUUUGGAUGAGUUACGAGAGAACCAGGAAGAAACUCAGGCCCGUGGCGGGCAAAUUGACUAUGAAUUUUUAGACGAAAAAGCUGAUAAUGCUCAGCAUAUUUUGGGAACUUUAUCGACACUUUUGAACUCAUUCCAGGAUUACGGACAAGAAGUUUCUGGAUUAGAAGAGACCAUUGCCAACAUGGUUAAACCUGUACUUGACAGUGGUGAGGUGGAUCUGUAUCCAGAGAUGGCAGAACUGGUUGACAUUAUCAUUUUGACCAAUCGGUCAGUAUCAGAAGGACUCUGGAAUAGUGUGUUUAACAGUUUCUACGAGGCAUUCCAGACGCAACCAGAAGCCAGUAUCGAGGCCAUUAUAUUAAGUACGACCAACUUUGUGGCAUAUGGAGGAGCAGGAAUCACUAAAGAGAGACUUGAAAAGAUCUUCCAGAUGAUCCACUACGCCGUCAAUGAGCCCCAGGUGGAAUUACACGUCAAGAAGAAUGCAUCGCAGCUUAUCGAGUUCAUCUUGAUCGCCAUUCCAGACUCGGCAGCAUAUUCCAUCACCGAUUUGAUUCCAUUUGUCAUUCAGAUGCCUGGACGGAGCUUGAACAUGAUAGUGGCAUGUCUAUACCGAGACGCUUUACGAAGUCUUACUGCCAACAACAACAGUUUAGUAAACAUGUUUGACGAGCUGUUGUCCGAAUGGACAAGAGCCACUAUUUAUGGUCGCGAACUCAAGGUUAACAUUGGAGCAGCAUUGCAAGUAGUUUCGCUACGAGAUGACAACCUCGUGUCGUUGGAACAACGCAUUGCCCUCUUCCAAUUCAUCAUCAACAAAGUGGAAUUAGUACGACCACCACUGACAACUAGCACCAAUUCUGCUGAACAACCCACGCAAAACACAUUUGAGUUCGUGACCGAGCCAUACAGUUUUGCCAGGGUAGAAGACGAGUCAUCACAAAUCGAGGAAGAGCUGCCUCCUAGCCUCGAUGCCGCCAUUGACUCUAUCGACAUCCGAACGAUGUAUACAAAAAUCGUCAACGAGCUUGCGACCUCAGGCCCCGAGUACACACAAACGCUCGUUCAAAGUCUCUCCCCACACCAGCGAGAGAUUCACACGUCGCUUCUCCAAAACCCACACUAA